AUGGAUCCUCCAAAACCAUCACCAUCAACCUCAUCAACAAAACCACCCGAAAAACCAUCCUUCCCCGCCAUCACACCCCUCCCAAAGACCCCGCGCACCUUUCAAACCCCCACCAAGCGCAUCAACACCGGCACCGACCUUGCAACCUUUCUCACAACAACAGCCUACCGCGACAUCCUCCUCUUCCUCCUCCAGCUCAACCGCUCCCUCUGCCCGCGCCGCAACCCAACCCGCCCAACGGGCCCCUCCACAACCUACCCGCUCUCCUCCGUCCCCUCCACACCCGAACGCGGCCUCCCGCCCUCCAUAGCCCGCCUCCAGGCCCUCCUCGCCGAAGCCGAAGCCCUCAUCGACCUCGCGCCCCCAGACCCGGGCCCCCGCCGCUUCGGUAACGUCUCCUUCCGCAAGUGGCACGAGCUCCUCGCCGAACGCGCACCCGCCCUGCUGUCCAAACACAUCCCCGACUCCGUCCUCGCUUUCCCCGCGACGCCGUCCUCCGAGCCGCCCGCCGCCGAGCUCCUGGCGUACCUCCUCGGCUCCUUUGGCUCCGCGCAGCGCCUGGACUACGGAACGGGCCACGAGCUCGCCUUCCUCGCCUUCCUCGGCUCCCUCUACAAACUCUCCUACUUCGCCGACGACACCGCCACCACCACCACUAACAACACUGUCGCCGACUCAGAAAAUGGCCAACCAACUACCGCAGCCGCAGCAGCACCAGACACAUCCGCCCUAGACCGCACCAUCGUCCUCGGCGUAAUCGAACCCUACCUCCGCGUCGUCCGCCGCCUCAUCCUCACAUACACCCUCGAGCCAGCAGGAUCCCACGGCGUAUGGGGCCUCGACGACCACUCCUUCCUCCCCUACAUCUUCGGCUCCGCCCAGCUCGCGGCGCCCGUGUCCGCGGACUCGGACCCGAUGCCGACGGAGGGCUCCGUCCGCGGCGCGCCCAAGACGGGGGACAUUGUCAAGCCCGCCGUCGUCGAGGACCAGCGCUCCGAGAACAUGUACUUCUCCGCCGUCGGGUUCAUCAACGACGUGAAAAAGGGUCCGUUUUGGGAACACAGUCCCAUCCUCUUUGACGUGUCUGGCGUCAAGGACGGCUGGGGCAAGAUCAAUAAGGGCAUGCUCAAAAUGUUCAACGCAGAGGUCCUCCAAAAGUUCCCCGUCGUCCAGCACUUCACGUUCGGCUCCCUCUUCUCCUGGGACCAAGACCCCAACGCCGCGCCCGUAUCACAGUCCGUCCACGCCGCGAACCAGCCCUCGUACAACUACCCAGCAACAACGGCGCCUCCCCCACCCCAAGCCGGUGCAGGCACGGCCGCGCCGUGGGCGACAGCAGGUGGUGCUGGUGCUGGUGCUGUUCCGAUAGGUCGCAUGCCCCCUCCUCCCCCUGGUAGCGCGGGAAUACCCUACUCGCGACAGCCGCCGCCGCCACCGUCAUCCGCGGCUUCGGCGAGGGCGCCGCCGCCGGGUAUGAUGGCCAUGCCUCCUGGCGCACAGGAGGCGAGGCAGGGCACGGCUGAUGCGCAGAUUGCGUUGACCAAGGCGCCGUGGGCAAAGUGA